AUGACAGCCCCUGCCCCCUCUGGUGACUCCGACCAAUAUCGGCUCCCCACCAAUGUUAAAGCCACCCACUACGACGUCACCAUUAAGACAGACCUCGAGAAACUCACUUUCAGAGGUCUAGUCAAUAUCUCCCUUGAUGUUAAUGCUGGAACAUCUGCCAUCGUUCUCAACACAUCUAAUCUGGAGCUUGGUGCAGCUACACUCUACUCUAAUGCCUUGAGUGCUGAGCAGGCGCCAACUGUUUCCUCUUUCGACAAAACUCAGGAACGCACCACUUUCCAGUUGACUCAAAAUCUUCCUGCCGGUUCCAAGGCCGAACUCAAGAUCGCGUUCUCUGGAGAACUUACCGGAAACAUGAUGGGAUACUACAAGUCUUCUUGGGAGCAUGAGGGCAAGACGAAGCAUUAUGCACUCACUCAGUUCGAGCCUACUGCCGCCCGACGUGCCUUUCCUUGCUGGGAUGAGCCCCUUCUCAAAUCAACUUUCUCUGUUACUAUGAUCUCGCGCGCCGAUACAGUCAGCUUGAGCAACAUGCCCGCAAUAUCCGAGGAAGUCCUUGAGCAGGACGUGAAUGCCCCUUCAGAUCUCACCGAGCUACUUGCGGACACGCAGAACGAGAAAUGGAAGAUCACCAAAUUUGAGAAGACGCCUCCGAUGUCGACCUACAUCGUGGCCUUUGCAAACGGGCACUUUGAGUUCCUGGAGGAUUCUGUUGAGAUGCCCUUGAGCAAGAAGAUCGUUCCUCUUCGCAUUUACACGACUCCGGACGUCAUCCAUCAAGCACAGUUCGCCCUCGAUGUGAAGAAGGCCGUCUUGCCUCUGUAUGAGAGGAUCUUCGACGUCGAGUACCCCCUUCCGAAGUUGGACACCCUGGUGGCGAGCGAUUUCGAUGCUGGUGCCAUGGAGAAUUGGGGCCUCAUUACUGGCAGGACGAGCGUUUUCUUACUCGACCCCGAACGAGGUGAUUUGCAAGCUAAGAAACGUGUUGCCUCAGUCCAAAGCCAUGAAGUCGCGCAUAUGUGGUUUGGCAAUAUUACGACCAUGGAGUGGUGGAAUUACCUUUAUCUUAAUGAAGGUUUUGCGACUUUGAUGGGAGAGGUCAUUAUCCCUGACCGAGUCUUCCCGGAGUGGCGUGUCAACUCAGAAUUUAUUACCGAACAUCUUAACCGGGCCCUAAGCUUAGAUGCUAAACUCUCUUCCCACCCCAUCGAGGUCGAUUGCCCCGAUGCUAACCACAUUAACCAGAUCUUCGAUGCGCUGUCGUACUCCAAAGCUGCUUCAGUUCUUCGCAUGCUUUCCAGCUACGUCGGCGAAGAGAAGUUCCUCAAGGGUGUUUCUCUCUACCUCAAGAAGAAACUAUUCGCCAACAGCGUCACGCACGACCUGUGGGAGGGCAUCAGCGAGUCGACAGGACAUAACAUCACUGCCCUCAUGGAGAACUGGAUCACGAAGAUCGGCUUCCCUGUCCUAACGGUUACUGAAAACGAGAGGGGCAUUGUUGUCCGCCAGGAUCGCUUCUUGGAAACUGGAGCGGCAGACCCCAAGGAUAACGAAGCUGUCUGGAAUGUUCCUUUGAGCCUCGUUACGGCAGAGGACGACAAAGCUGUUGUAGACACCAGUGCCAUCCUCGAGGAGAGGGAGAAGUUCAUUCCUCUCGACACCAGCAAGCCAUUCAAGUUGAAUGGCGGAACCACCGGCGUUUACCGUGUGCUGUACACACCUGAGAGGCUCGCCCUCAUUGCAGCUGAGGCCGCCAAGGAGGACUCAAUCUUCUCCCUGGAUGACAGAAUCGGGCUCGUCCACGACGCGUUGGCGUUAUCCAAGGCAGGGUUGGCUGACCUCAGCAGUGCCUUGACGCUCGUUAAUCUCUGGAAGAACGAGAAGGAGUACCUCGUCUGGCAAGGUAUCGGAGAAAGCCUUGCCGGGCUGGUGUCCAUCUGGUGGGAGCACCCCAAGAUCAUCGAUCAACUGAACGCAUUCCGUCGUGCCCUCUUUGUUCCUUUGGUGAACAAACUCGGGUACGAGUAUCCUGCCGGGGAAUCGAGGGACAUUUCUCUUCUGAGGACGCUUGCGGUUACCCAGGCUUCUGCGGCUCGUGACGAAGGAGUGGUCAAAGAGCUCCAGAGUCGCUUUGAGCACUUCAUGGACACUGGCGACGACUCAAAGAUUCCAUCUGAUUUGCAGCGUGUUACUUUCGCGGUGGCUGUCAGGCAUGGUGGUCGGGCGGAGUACGAUGCAAUUGUCAAGGCUCAUGACAAGCCCAAGACCCCAUCGGAGAGGAUCUCGGCCAUUGCUGCUAUGGGAGCAACCCAAGACCCUGAAUUGGCACAGGAGACCCUCAAGUUUAUCUCAACUAAGGCAAAGGAUCAAGACAUCUUCUACUUCUUUAGCGGCCUCGGAAGCAACUUUAAGACGCGGAGGCUGUUGACGAAAUAUUUCCAGGACGAGUAUGACGUUCUGUAUAAACGCUUCGAGGGCAACUUUUCCCUCCACUACUUGGUCACAUUCUCAUCGGACUACUACUCGAGCCAGGAGGACUACGCUGCGAUCGAAGCGUUCUUCAAGGACAAGGACACGUCUAAAUAUAAUCAGGCCCUCGCGCAGACACUGGACACGAUCCGGGCCCGGGCAGCGUAUGUUGAGCGCUCGACGGAGGAUCUGAAGGGGUGGCUUGAGCGGCGCGUGUAA